AUGUAUGAUACUAUCUGCAACUACCUAGCAAGUCCCAAUUUGGCAACCUCAGGUGAAAUGAAAGUGGUGAUAUCAACUAGUAAGGUGGCUCAAAAAAGCUAUGGUACAGAGAAAAGGUUUCUUUGUCCACCUCCAAGUGUCCUCCUCUAUGGCUCGAAUUGGUGGACAGUAGAUCAUCAGGAAAAUCAAAUGGAUGAAACCAAUCAAAAAUAUGUGCUACGACCUCCAGUCAUGCAGAUCCAAAUGUCAAACGAAGUUGUUGGAAAUGUCAUUCGAUCUUCUCCUGUUCCUGCUGAACCUAUCGUAUCUGGAAGAUGUAUAUCAAAAAACAUGUACAUCAGCGACAAUGAUGAGAAACGGAAGACGGUGGAAAUGUUAGUUAGGUUACGUCUAGCCAAUGGGUUGGAUCUUGGUGUUUUCAAAAGCAAAGAAAUCCGCGUGAUUAGUAAACCAAGCAAGAAACGCCAAACAUUGAAGAAUAUGGAAUUAUGUAUACAUCAUGGAACUCCAGUGGCAUUAUUCAAUAGAAUUCGAUCUCAAACUGUAUCUACAAGAUAUCUUGGUAUUUCGAAUAUGGAUGGGACUCCGAUUUUCUAUGAAAACUAUCAACCUUGGGGUUUCAAUAAUAACAAGCAACAACGAUGGAAAAAUACAAGCCAGAUUUGUUUCUCUUCAAAAACUCAAACAUGGGAUUCUUUUCUUAUAUGGAUAGUGGAUGGAUCAAGGAUUGCAACAGAAGAAGAACAGGAAGCAAAUGGUACAUCUUAUCCUCCACCACCGGCAAUGGCAUUACGACUUUCAAGUUCAGAAUCUCCAGUUCCUAUUCAUUACAAUCAACCAGUGGUUCUUCAAUGUUUAAAUACUGGCCUUGUUAGUCCUGUGAUGAUUAUUCGAAAAGUGGAUUAUGGAUGCUCAGCUAUUGGUGGAAUGCGUGCCAACAACGAACUUUUGAUGCGUCAACCUGGAUGUCUUGGAUUAGGCGGUGAAUACAAUGAUGAGUGUCUUGGAGAUCCGGUAUCUCAAUUACACAAGGUAGCUUUUCAAGUCAUUGACAAUCCCAGCACGUUGAAAGGAUUUUCUGGAUUAUAUCCUAUGGAUCAUCAGCAGCAAGAUCAUCAUAAGACUUGUUCGUCAACUUUACCUUAUUUAGAUCACCCAGCAAAUUAUCUUAGUUGUAUGAAGGAUGUGGUUGGUAUCUAUUGUACAUCAGGUCAACGUCAGACGUUAUCAUCAGUGACUCCUGGAACCAAGAAUAUAUCGACGACAUCAGCAGCAAAACAAAGUGUAAGACGACGAUACAGUAGUGCCAAUGAGCAAACUAGAUCAUUACAAUGUGGUGGAACCAUACAUCGACGCCGAAACAGCAUAUUAUCUAGCACCAAUCCAUCUGGUUUAUUUUCAAAUGGAAUAUCUGGUAUUUGGCAAGAAGAUAUUUCGGAAACAUGUGUUUGGUGUAUUGUUAAUACAGACACGGAAACAUAUACAUUUUUGCCUAGUAGGAUGGAUGAAACACAAAAUGGCAAGGAUGAUAUUCCUGUGACGCCUGUACCAUAUAUCAAGCAAUGGAGAAUGAUCGAGAACAAUCGAAUGAUUAUUCAUGGGUAUGGGUUCACAAAUGAUAUGGUGGUUUGGUUUGGAACGCAUGUUGCUAUGAUGAUCCGUAUCACACCGACGGAACUAGAAAUUUUGGUGCCCAGUAUAUUGUUGGGAAUAAAGAAGAACGAGGGGACUUUACAACAUGAAGAGAAGCAUGGAAAGAAAGGAAGUCAAGGAAAGCGUACAAAUAGCAAGGAUCAUCAUCAAGAAAAUGACAUGGGCAAGGAGGAAUGGAUACAAAAGAAGGUACCUAUUUUGAUUGUACGUGAAGGAGAUGGUAUGGUGUAUCGAACUCCAAAAUGGUUUUGA